CCCAAGCCCCCCACCAUACCUCCUUCUUCUUCUUCGUUUCCUCACAUGCACAAUCAGAUUAAUAAUAGCCAUCCCCAGAAGAUUCAUCACAACUCUUGGACUCAUCUAUUUCAGUCUUCUGGAAUUAAACGUACAACUACAGAGAGAAACUCCGACGCCGGAUCUUUUCUAAGAGGUUUCGACGUAAACAGAGCUGCGUCUUCGGUGGUGGCGGUAGUGAACUUGGAAGAAGAAGCAGCCGUUGUUUCGUCUCCGAACAGCACCAUAUCGAGUGUGAGUGGGAACAAAAGGGAUCUUGCGGCGGCGAGAGGAGGAGGAGAAGAGCACGAGGCAGAGAGAGCUUCUUGCUCACACGGCGGAGGAAGCGACGACGAAGAUUGCGGAAACGGCGACGGGUCAAGGAAGAAGCUACGGUUAUCAAAGGAACAAGCUCUUGUUCUCGAGGAGACUUUUAAAGAACAUAGCACUCUUAAUCCGAAGCAAAAGCUGGCUCUAGCAAAACAGUUGAAUCUAAGGGCAAGACAAGUGGAAGUGUGGUUUCAGAACCGAAGGGCAAGGACGAAGCUGAAACAAACGGAGGUUGAUUGUGAGUAUUUGAAAAGAUGUUGCGAUAAUCUGACGGAGGAGAAUCGACGGUUGCAAAAAGAAGUGUCGGAGCUGAGGGCGUUGAAGUUGUCUCCACAUCUCUACAUGCAUAUGACUCCUCCUACUACUCUCACCAUGUGCCCUUCUUGCGAACGUGUCUCCUCCUCCUCCUCCUCCGCCAAUGUGACUGCCGUUCUUCCUCCUCCUGCUACGGUGGUUGGGCGGCCAAGUCCGCAGCGAUCCACUCCUUGGACAGCUAUUUCUCUCCAGCAAGUGCAACGAUCAGGUCGCUAGUGAUGUUUAUUUUCGGGUAGUUUGUAGCUUAGAAUUAAGAUAUAAAAGUAAUGCAAAUUUUAAAGAUUAGCUUCAAUUUGUUGAAAAUGGAAACGAAAAAAAGGUUCGGUUUGAAGCUCUAACUCUUAACAUUGUAAAAAAGACUUUGACAAUAUGGGAAAAUUUGACACUACCUAGCUUUUACGGAAAUGGUUUAUAG